UGCAGCAGCUUCUUCACACUGGAUCAUCUGAUCUUCACUCACUGUUUGAUCCCACUUUCUGAUCACUCAUCAAUAAGCUGAUCAGCUGAUUUUCUUCUUCUCUCAGUCUGUCAGGUGGAGGUGGAGGAGGGGGCGGAGUCUGUCCUGCUGCCCUUCAGAACUACACCUGACCUGCCUGAAGACGCUGAUGUGGUGUGGGUGCGCUUGGAACCUGAACCAGAAAUGACGGUCCACGUGUACCAGGACGGUUCUGGUCAACUUGAAGACCAGGACCAGGUCUACAGAAGCAGAACUAAGAUGAAUCAAGAUCCUCUGAAAACUGGAGACUUCAGUCUGAUUCUGGAUCAUCCCAAACAUGGAGACAGUGGACGGUACAAAUGUGUAGUCUGGAGGGGAGACGAUCUCAUAAGAGGGAAAACAGUUCUGCUCAAAGUUAAAGGGAGAGUUCAGGUCCAGGAUCAGAGGACAUCAGGAACAGAAGCAGAUCCGACUCCUCUGAUGGCUGAUCAAUCAGUCUGAUCUUUGAUUAUUGAUCCAAUCUGACUUUGGAUCAGAGAGAAAAUAUCAGUGAAGGAUCUGAUGGACGAUGGAUGAAGAGAGGACUUGUUCCAGCCUGCAGACGUAGUAUUGAUCAGUAGUGAUCAGUGAUGUCAGAGUGGAGUCAGUGUGAUG